UAACACAACCAACUGACAGCUGCGAUGUGGAACUUUUGUUUUUCAGCAGUGCUAGUCGAAAAAGUGUGUGACUGCGUGGAGUUUUUUUAAUAAAAUUAUCAACGAUGAACACCCAAAAUGAAUAUAUUUCGAAGGCGGAAGAUGUUGCAGAUCAGGUUCAAAGAAAAUUAAAACAUAUUCUACCCACAUUAGCGCGGUUAUGUCUUAUUUCAACCUUUUUCGAAGAUGGCAUAAGAAUGUGGAGCCAAUGGAAUGAACAGAGAGAGUACAUGAACAUGUCAUGGGGCUGUGGAUACUUUUUAGCAACAGUGUUUGUACUAGUAAAUUUAGUUUUUCAAUUAGGAGGCUGUGUAAUGGUUAUUGUUAGAUAUCGAGUAACUAUUGCUUGUGGGGUUUUGUUCUUCAUUGUUGUGUUACAGACUUUGGCAUACAGUAUACUUUGGGACCUACAGUUCCUAUUAAGAAAUUUUGCUUUGGUUGGUGCACUUCUCUUGGUAUUGGCUGAAAGUAAAGGAGAAGCUAAAAGCUUAUUUGCCGGUGUUCCGACUCUAGGGGACAACAAGCCUAAAAGUUAUUUACAAUUAACAGGCAGAAUAUUAUUAGCUUUUAUGUUUAUCACACUGAUCAGGUUUGAAUUCAGUUUUCUACAGAUUUUACAAGACCUGCUUGGUUCGGCCCUUAUGGUUUUGGUGACAAUAGGAUAUAAAACUAAAUUGUCUGCCCUGAUCUUGGUGCUGCUUUUGACAAUGCUCAAUUUCUAUCACAAUGCUUGGUGGUAUAUUCCAGAUUACAAACCUUUGAGGGAUUUCUUAAAAUACGACUUUUUCCAGACACUUUCUGUAAUAGGAGGACUGCUUAUGAUAGUAUAUUUAGGACCUGGUGGAGUAUCCAUGGACGAACACAAGAAGAAAUGGUAAAAAUCGUUUAGUAAAGUUUUUAAGAGCUGUUGAAGAGAGAAAUCAUAUUUCGUGAUUAUGGACAAUUUUAAUACAUAUGUUAAGUGAAAUGAAUAUUUCUUUUAAUUUUAGACACAAUCUACUGACUGUUAUAUUUGUACUUUUUAAUUUAAGUCAUAUUUUUUUUAUUAGUAUUGCCGCUUUUCCUGAUUGCCAAAUUUUAUAAAAAUAAUUCCAAUAUUUAAAAAAAAUCUUUAUAUUUCAACAAUUUUGUAUACUUGCAAUGCUCCUAAAAUGCAACGUUUUCUUUUUUAUUUAUUUAUAUGAUGGUGUUUAUGUUAUUUGAAAUUUUGUACAUAUAUAUUUUAUUUUUUAUGUUUUAAAUACUGUUGAUGACUUUAAUGGACCACGAUAGAAAAAAAAAGAACAAAGAAUUUGACUCAGUAACUUUAUUCUGAUAUAAAAAAAACGCUCAAAAAUAAGGAAAAAAUCUUCCAUUCUUUUUCUCUGUGACAGUAUCAAAAGAGAUUAUGUAAUAUAUAGUAUAUGGGUUGUUUUUCAAAAUCAAUAAAGGCAUAUUUUUUAC